AUGAAAAAAAUGUCUGAUAAAGAUCAAGUAAUUACAAUAGAUCGAAGAGGAAAGAUUCAGUUAGAAAAUGACAAGGAAAUUCUUCAAGUUUUUGAUUUAGUCAAUCCAGAGAAGGUGCUUAAGCCGACCCGCCCUCAGGGGCACCCCACCGACCCGCCCUCAAGGGCACCCCACCGACCCGCCCUCAGGGGCACCCCACCGACCCGCCCUCAGGGGCACCCCACCGACCCGCCCUCAGGGCACCCCACCGACCCGCCCUCAAGGGCACCCCCCGACCCGCCCUCAACCCCACGACCCUCCAUCAAGGGGCACCCCACCGACCCGCCCUCAGGGCACCCCACCGACCCGCCCUCAGGGCACCCCACCGACCCGCCCUCAGGGGCACCCCACCGACCCGCCCUCAGGGCACCCCCCGACCCGCCCUCAGGGGCACCCCACCGACCCGCCCUCAAGGGCACCCCACCGACCCGCCCUCAGGGGCACCCCACCGACCCGCCCUCAAGGGCACCCCACCGACCCGCCCUCAGGGGCACCCCACCGACCCGCCCUCAAGGCACCCCACCGACCCACCCUCAGGGACGACCCGCCCUCAGGGGCACCCCACCGACCCGCCCUCAGGGAAGCCCUGCCUGCUUUCCAGUCUCAUCCCACUUACUCUUGUACAAGGAAUAG